AAUCGCAUUCGCUUGACGUCGCGUUUGCUUGUUUUUGUGUGUGUGUGACGUCAGCGGUUGCAGGACACAAGCGCAGUCGCGAUAGACGACGACGGCCGCAUACUUCUUAUUUGGAAGAUUAGUCUUACUUUUUAUCAUUAUUGUUAUUCUCCUCGUCACGUUCACUUGACGUCACUCUUGGUGUUUUCAACGUGUUCGGAGCAGUUGGCGUCGUUGUUGUCAGCUAGCCGGACUGUUAGCAUUGUGAGCUAGCUAACUCGUUCGCUGCUGAGCGUGGCCGUCCUCGAGGCCCCUCGGGCGGGUUCGACGGCCUCUAUGUGCGUUGUGGAUCCGGUGGUCGGCGCGGCGUGGACUUUGUGAACAAGCCUGGGGUCCGCGGCGGGUCCACCAUGGCAGCGGGGGGUCCGGAGCGCGAGGACGAAACGCUGCGGACGGCCUUCAAGAAGCUGCGAGUGGACGCCGACAGCGCGCUCGGCGGCGGUCCCGAGACUCCUCGAGUGGCGGCGCGGGAUGCCGCCGCGCCAAAGUCCAAACACGGCGGGACCAAGGAUAACCGGCACGGCUGCGUGAGGAAAACGUCACGAGGACCGAGUCGAACGCAGCGGCGGCGGCGCUCCAAGUCUCCCAUCCUGCACCCCCCGAGGUUCACCUUCUCCACAAUGCCGCCCCCCGCGGGAGCCCUCCAGCACCACACGGAGCUCGGACCCCCAUCCCCCGCCGGGUUCGGAGCACCGUGCGCUAGGGUGACGCCCGUCGGGGGGGCACCGCGAGAUCUCCCGGCUGCUGCUUCCCCAUCUGAUCUUCCCGGGAAGGACGAGGAAGGUUCAGGAAGCGUUCGGGAAAGGGACAGCGGCGACUUUGGAGUUUUAUCCAAGCGUCACGGCGGCGGCCCGUGCACGUGUCCGCCCCCAGACGGCGACACGGAUGGCCGGGACAAAGCGAGCGGCGCGGCGGCCCCGUGCGGCUGCGCGUUCAAAGUAGGCGCUUGGGGCGGCGCGGCGGCGUAUUCGUUCACCGGACUGCGCGACGUCAUCUCGGAGUGCGAGCGGCGCGGCCGAGCCCCGCCCGCCAGGACCAGCGGCGCCGCCCUCUCGCCGGCCUCCCCUCGCUCGUGCUCGUCGCAGGCACUCGUCUCCGUCGACGACGUCACCAUGGACGACCUGGCGGGAUACAUGGAGUUCUACCUCUACAUCCCCAAGAAGAUGUCGCACAUGGCCGAGAUGAUGUACACGUGAACACGUGACGAUCGCGUAUGAAGACAGAAUGGUCACGGGCGGCAUGACCCCGUGAUGACGUACACGCAGUUUCUUCCUGCUGUUCCUGCUUCAAUAAAGUUCAAUGUUUGAA